AUGCAGCAACAGAACUCCAUGUGUCCAAUUCUAGACUCAGAGAAAUAGAAAGUAUUAAUGCAGCACAAAAGCUUGAAAAUGAUAGACUGAAAAAAGUCUGUAGUGACUUAGAAGAAAAGCAUGAAGCAGCAGAGCUGCAAAUAAAGCAGUUGUCUAUCGAGUACCGCAAUCAGCUUCAACAGAAGGAGGUGGAAAUCAGCCAUCUAAAAGCCAGACAGAAUGCGCUACAGGAACAGCUGCAGAAAGUACAGACAGCUCAGCUGGGAGCUGGUGUUUUGCCAGCAGCCACUGCAUCAGCCUCCUAUGUUCCAGAGGUCAGACAUUCCUCAGGUUUUGAGGGAGAUGACAUGGAUUUUGGAGAUAUAAUCUGGUCACAACAAGAAAUAAACAGAUUGUCCAAUGAAGUUUCCAGGCUGGAAUCUGAGGUUGACCACUGGAAGCAGAUUGCAGUGUCUUCCAAAGUGCAAGGCACAAAUGAUGCUGAACAAAGUGAAAUAUGCAAACUACAAAAUGUUGUUAAGGAGCUGAAACAGAAUUUAAGUCAAGAAAUAGAUGAACAUCAGCAUGAGCUGUCAGUGCUGCAGGAUGCCCACAGACAGAAGUUAGUAGAGUUAAGUCGUCGGCACCGAGAAGAGCUGCGCGAAUAUGAGGAGCGAAUUGAGGAACUUGAGAAUCGCUUACAGCAAGAUGGUGUGAGCACUGAUGCCAUGGAUGACUCUAAAAUUACUGAACAGAAAAGAAAAGCUCAGAGUCCAGAUGGAGGACAGGUGGAAGAAUUGCGGGUUGUAAAGGACCUAGAGGAUGAAAUAAGAAAAUUAAAUCACCAAUUAUCUUCUGCCAAAGCAGAAAACAAAAAUCUUCUGAAAGAGCAAGAAUUUGCAAAGCUAGAAAAAAUCCAAAUAGCACAAGAUUAUGAAAAGCUGAAAUCUGACUUUGAUGCACUUCAAAGGUCUGUGGCAGAGCAAGAUGCUCUCCUGGAAGAACAGAAGCAGCCCCAGUCAAAGACAUCACUACCACAAGAUGUUGUCAGCCUACAGCAAGCAUUGUUAGAAGCAGAAAAUGAAAUAGCAAGACUUUCCAGUUUAAAUCAGGGACUUGAGAAGGAACUGACAAGUGCACAACAUAAACAUGAGAAUAUUCUUUCUUCGAAUACAGAGGAUCAGAAUUCAGAAAUAAAUCAGUUAAGACAAGAUUUGGAAAGGAAAGAACAUGAAUUAGAUGAAAGUAUUGCUGAAAGAGAAACAUUAAUAGCAGAGUUGGAAGAACUAGACAAGCAGAAUCAAGAAGCUACUCAGCAUAUGAUUACAUUGAAAGAGCAGCUGUCGAAGCAACACACAGAAACUGAUAGUAUCAUCAAACAACUGAAACUUGACAUAGAUUGUGAAAGAAAGAAGGUAUCAGAAUUAGAAACUGAGAAGGUGAAAGCUAUUAAAGAGUUAGAUAGUCAGAAAGAAAAACUAAGCCACUGUUCAUAUGCACUUAAUGAUUUGCAUAUAACUAAGCAGCAGCUACAAGACAAUAUUAAAGAUCUUCAGGAACAAUUAAGAAAAGCCCAUGAGUGUAAUUCACAGAGUAAAAAAGAAAUUGAAGAGUUGCAGCAGAGACUAAAAGAAAGAGAGGAGGAACUUUGUGUAUCCUUGAGCAAGUUAACAGAAAAAAGUAAUGAGGAAUCUAACCACACUUGUCAAGAUCUGAUUCUGAAAGACAGAGAAGUAGAAAUUGCAAAACUACAGAAUGAUGUUUCAGAAAACAAACGAAUAAAUGAAGAUCUACAGAAAUCGCUGUCUAAUCUCAGAAUAGAAAAUGGAAAGCUGAUGGCAGCCAUUGAAGAACUAAAACAGGAGUUAAGUGAUGCCAUUUCUGAGAAAAAGAAAGUUCAUUUGGAAAAAGACACUCUUGUAGAGGCUUUGAAAAUGGAGAAAAGGCAGUUGGAGAGUGAAUUAAACGAGACAGAGAAGAGGCUUUUGGAACAAGCACGUAAUUAUGAGAAAACUAUUGAGGAUCUGUCAAAGGCACGAAGUAUGGACACCAGUGCCCUGCAGCUCGAGCAUGAGCGCCUGGUGAAGCUUCAUCAAGAGAAAGACUUUAAGCUUGCUGAGCUUAAAAAGACCAUUGAGCAGAUGGAACUUGACCAUCAAGAAACAAAGGAGAUGUUGACUACUAGCUUAGGAGGACAAAAGCAGUUGACAGAUCUCAUAAAAGAGAAAGAGGUAUUCAUUGAAAAAUACAAAAAUCAAGCCUUACAGGCGAAGCAGGAACUUGAGGAAUAUAUGAAAGUUUCAAAAAAGCAGGAUGUCUUAAAACAGAACUUGGAGGAAAAAGACAGAAGUCUUGCAGUCAUGAAAGAAGAAAAUAACCAUUUGAAAGAAGAAAUUGAACGGCUUAAGGAUCAGCAAAGUAGAUCUACACCUGUGGUUGAGCCUAAAACUUUAGAUAUUAUUAUUGAACUUGAAAGUGAGGUAACACAGUUAAAAGUGAUAAAGAAUAAUCUUGAAGAAGAAAUAAAAGUUCACAAAAAAACAAUAGAAGAUCAGAAUCAAGCAACAGUGAAGCUUCAGCAGUCACUGCAGGAGCAGCGAAAGGAAAUAGAUGAGUCCAAAUUGCAGUGUCAGCAAAUGAAUGUCACACACGAAAGACUCUUUUUAGAAAAAGAUGAGGAAAUCAAAAAUUUGCAGAAAACAAUUGAACAAAUUAAAACUCAGUUGCACAAAGAGAGACAGAUUAUUCAGACUGAUGCUUCUGAUCUUUUUCAGGAAACCAAGGUUCAGACUCUUAAUGGAGAAAAUGGAAAUGAAAAGCAUGACUUAUCUAAAGCUGAAAUUGAAAGACUGGUCAAAGGUAUCAAGGAAAGGGAGAUGGAGAUUAAGCUGUUAAAUGAAAAGAAUGUUUCUCUAAGUCAGCAAAUUGAUCAGCUGUCUAAGGAUGAAGUUGGUAAACUUACUCGGAUCAUUCAAGAGAAAGAUUUAGAAAUACAAGCUCUUAAUGCUAGAGUUUCCUCAGCUUCCUACAGACAGGAUGUUCUUUCCCUUCAGCAGCAGCUGCAGGCUUAUGUUCUGGAAAGAGAACAAGUACUAGCAGUUCUAAGUGAAAAGACAAGGGAGAACAGUCAGUUAAAAACAGAGUAUCGUAAUAUCAUGGACAUGGUUGCUGCUAAAGAAGCAGCUCUGGUGAGGUUGCAGGAGGAGAACCGGAGGUUAUCCAAUAGAUCUGAAAACAGCAGUCAAGACAUGUCCAGAGAAACUAUUCAGAAUCUAUCCCGUAUCAUCCGAGAAAAAGACAUUGAAAUAGAUGCCCUAAGUCAAAAAUGCCAAACCUUAUUGACUGUCUUGCAGACAUCCAGUACAGGUGCUGAUAAUGGGGCAGGGGGUGUGAACAGUAACCAGUUUGAGGAACUUCUGCAAGAACGUGAUAAACUGAAACAGCAAGUAAAGAAAAUGGAGGAGUGGAAACAACAGGUAAUAACCACGGUCCAGAACAUGCAGCAUGAGUCAGCCCACCUCCAGGAAGAGUUGCACAGGCUGCAAGCACAAAUUUCAGUUGAAAGCGAUAGUACUUCAAGGCUGCAGGUAGAUUAUAAUGGCUUGAUUCAGAGUUAUGAACAGAAUGAGAAAAAGCUGAAAAGUUUUAGCCAGGAAUUAGCACAAGUUCAACACAGCAUAGGACAGCUUUAUAGCACUAAGGAUCUUCUCCUGAGCAAACUGGAUUUGGUAACGCCAUCUGUGGCAACAGCUGCCACCGUUUCACAGCUUUCAGGUGUUCAAUGCAGUCCUCCUGAAGCACUUAGUGAGGAAUCUAAACUCCUUCAAAAUGAGUUGGAACAACUGAAAAAAAAGUUACAGGAAAAAGAUUCAACUAUCAGGAUUCUUCAGGAAAACAAUCAGCGAUUAUCUGAUUCUGUUGCUACAGCAUCAGAGAUUGAAAGAAAGAGUCAAGAAGGAACUGAAUCAGAGAUGAGACAGAUCAAAGAAAAACAUGAUGUGUUACAGAAGUCACUAAGAGAAAAAGAUAUAUUAAUUAAAUCUAAAAGCGAUCAGUUACUUUCCGUGAGUGAAAAUCUUAGUAACAAAGAAAAUGAAAAUGAGCUUUUGAAGCAAGCUGUAACUAAUCUAAAAGAAAGAAAUUUAAUUUUAGAAAUGGAUAUUCGAAAACUGAAAGAAGAAAAUGAAAAAAUAGUUGCAAGGUGCAGGGAAAAAGAAACAGAAUUCCGUGCACUUCAGGAGACUAAUAUGCAAUUUUCAAUGAUGCUGAAAGAGAAAGAGUUUGAGUCUCACUCAAUGAAGGAAAAAGCUCUUGCUUUUGAGAAGUUGUUGAAAGACAAGGAACAGGGCAAGACAGGAGAAUUGAAUCAGCUGUUAAAUGAAGUUAAAUCAAUGCAGGAAAAGGCUGUUACUUUUCAGCAGGAGAGAGACCAAGUGAUGGUAGCACUCAAACAGAAGCAAAUGGAGAGCAGUGCUCUGCAGAGUGAGGUGCAGCAUUUGCAUGAGAAGGAGCAGCGCCUAAAUCAGGAACUGGAGAGGCUGAGGAAUCACCUUUUGGAAAUGGAAGACUCAUACACCAGAGAGGCUUUAGCUGCAGAAGACAGAGAGGUCAAGCUAAGAAAAAAGGUUUUGAUUUUGGAAGAAAAACUUGCAUCCUCAUCUACUGCAGUGGAGAAUGCCAGCCAUCAGGCUAGUCUGCAAGUUGAAUCUUUGCAAGAGCAGUUAAACCUAGUGUCCAAGCAGAGGGAUGAAACCAUGCUGCAGCUGACCAUCUCCCAGGACCAAGUGAAGCAGUAUGCACUGUCUCUGGCCAACCUGCAGAUGGUACUAGAGCAGUUCCAACAGGAAGAAAAAGCUAUGUAUUCAGCAGAGCUGGAGAGACACCAAAAACAGAGUGCAGAAUGGAAGAAGAAAGCAGAAAACCUAGAAGAAAAAGUUGUAUCACUGCAGGAGAGUUUAGAAGAGGCAAAUGCUGCUCUGGAUGCAGCAUCCAGGCUUACUGAGCAGCUUGACAUCAAAGAGGAGCAGAUUGAAGAACUUAAGAAAGAAGGUGAGGUCAGAAGAGAAAUGUUGGAAGAUAUGCAAAAUAAAUUAAUGAACCUUAUGAACAGCACAGAAGGAAAAGUGGACAAACUGUUGAUGAGAAAUCUCUUCAUUGGUCAUUUUCAUACUCCAAAAAAUAAACGUCUUGAAGUGUUAAGGUUGAUGGGAAGUAUUUUGGGACUGAAAAAGGAGGAACUUGAUCAGUUACUAUCUGAAGAGCAAAGAGGAGUUACAAGAUGGGUGACUGGCUGGCUUGGUGGAGGAGCUGGGUCAAAGAGUGUUCCUAGUACACCUCUGAGACCAACUCAUCAGAACAUUUUUAAUAGUUCUUUUUCAGAACUGUUCGUGAAAUUCCUUGAAACUGAAUCUUCCCCAAGCCUUCCCCCACCCAAGCUCUCUGUUCAUCACAUGAAACCUUUAGGAGCAGCAGGAACUGGUAAAACUAGCAGUACUCCACCCAACAGUCAAAUGCAAGAUUCUCCAGUCUCAGGAGUGGGUAGAAGACCAGAUGCAAAUCCAUUUUUAGCACCUCGAUCUGCAGCAGUGCCUCUCAUAACACCAGCUAGUAGUUCUGGACAUCUGCUUAUGAAACCUAUUUCUGAUGCAUUGCCUACUUUUACACCACUGCCAGUGUCCCCUGAUGCCAGUGCUGGUGCUGUUUUAAAAGACCUCCUAAAACAAUAGAUGACCUUGUAUCAGUACGAUGAUAGCACUUUAAGGAAAGUGAGAACACUAUGUUGUAUAUAAUUUACCACAAUGAGGCCUUCUGUAAAAAGUCAUGUAUUUGAUUGCAAUUGUACCUUGCUUUUCUUGUACUUACAAACUUAUCAGUGCUUCAGAAAUUCUAAUGGUGGAAUGAAUAAUUGCCUUCUGUAUAGCAGGCAUUAAUUUUGGGUGUGGGUUAAAUAUUUAACUGAGAAAAAAAUCUAUCUUGUUGUUAGAUUGUCACAAGACAAAUUAAAGGAUUUUUAAACCUUAGGUAUACUUGGUUCGUUCAGAUAUGCAUAGACAGUAUUAACUCUUUGGUGUUGAAAUUUGUUUUUCCGUUAAAAUGAUCUGCCAUCUAUGUUCAAGAACCAGACUAAAAAAAUAAAUUAAACAACCGAUUAAUGGUGUUUAUUUCAUGUACUUUUGGACACGUAUUUCUUAUUUACAAGUUUGAUUGCAUUUGGGGGCAAUUUGAGGCACAUUAAUCUCUUUGCACAAUGAUUUGGUUUGCCCCCCCCCCCAGACUAAGAGCUGUUUUCAGCAGUCAAACCCAUCAGCACCAAGGAGUUAACUGUGGAAGUGAGGCUGCACAUCCAUGUGAAGAAUGGGUAAUUUAGCAGGUGAGACAUUCACAUAUAUAUAAAGACACUGUGCUCUAAUGGUCCAAGGUGUAUAUAUGAGAGAAUUUUUAUCUUGCAAGAUUUUGUAGACCCAAAUAUAGACUUAAAGCUUGAACACAUGUAUAGAAUUAAAAGGGAGGAAGGUGCUUGCUUAUCUCAAAUGUGUAAAUAGGUCUUUGUACAACCAAGGCCAAAGUCAAUUAUUCUGUAAAUUUUGCUGUGAUAACUUGUACACUUUGUUGAACAGGUAAAGAAUGAAGUUGCUUACUAAAGAAUAAGAGUCAUCCUCAUAGUGAAUCUGAGAUAAAACAUCUUCAGUUUAAAAUGUGUCAUUUCUAUGUCUUUUUAUAUGCCUCUCCUUGUUAAGUCAGUGUUAAGAUAACUGUUGUGCAAGUUCUAUAUUAGAACUGUCAACCUUCUUCAUUUUCAUUAAGGUUCUGGAUAAAAUUGUUGUAAGAGUUAUAUUUAAAUAAAACAAAUUAGUGAA